AUGGUUGUCGUGGUGUGUGCUCGGCCGUCGUGUGGAUGUUUGCUCCUCGCCGUCACCGUCGUCGCCGUCGUGGUGCCGUGCCUCGCAAGGUGGGGGCAAGGAUAUCCCGUGGAAUCGCGCUGCGCGGUGGCCAAUUACACUUUUCUACGUAUGCCGCUCGUCGGCGGGCAAUGACUAACCGCGCGCGGCCGAUUGCGUUAACGAGAGAUAUCAUAUCCGUCGACUCGGAGCUAUACCGAUCUCCCGAGCUGUCGCCCCGUUGUCGUUAUCGUUGUCAGCGCCAGUCAGACGGGAUUUGCAUAGCAAACAGAUUGACGCGCUCGUAGUAAGUGGAUAACGAGAAGUCGCGCGCGUACACCGCGUAUAUAGCGCGACCGGAUCGCACGCGGGUGUUAGUGUGCGCGAUCCGUUCGCGGGUUAGUGUGUGAAUAUCGCUCGGUGCGUGCGUUCGUAUACGACUGGCUCGCGGUGCCAGUGGGAGGAAAGAGAGUGAGAGAGAGAGGGAGAGACAGAGGAUACGGCGGACGCGAGGCAAGUGCGGAGCUUAAAAUAGAAGAGUGACUUCGGUUUAAGUACGUGGCGGGAGGGACGGAGCGAGUAAAGCAAAUCGAGCAGAGGAGAGAGAAGAGUGGAUGUUUUGUGUGUGCUCACUUUUUCCCCACCUCCCGCGUUUCUGUGAUACGUUCGAAUUUUCUACAUUUCCCCGUGGGUGGAAGAGAGAACAAACGGGGAGAGAACGACGAAAGAAUAACACACACACGUACACGCGUGCAUAUAAAUAUUCGGCAGUGGAGUGCGUGUUCCUUCUGUGAUAAUUUCUAUAGUGCGUAUUGUAGUGAAACGCGCGAGAGAGGGUGACCGUGUUUCAAGUGCGCGCGCGCGCGCGCGCGCACGCACGUUCGACACUUUUUCCUCUCUUUUCGCCCGCGUCGUUGUGGAAAAAGUUAGAAAGAGGAUCCUCGCCGAUCCUCGGCGAGGCAGAGAGAUCGCGCCUCCGAGUGAGCGAAUCGCCCAUCGGAAAGGAGGCGUCGGUCGGCUCGCUCUCUGUCCCACGCGAUGGAUCGUGACUCGCGUUCGUAUUCCUGCGGAGGCUGCGAGAGGACCGCCGCCGAGGGCCGUGCUAUGCCGAUGGAGUAACAAGUGAGCGGCGAAGCGGCGUUGCCAUGACGACAGAGACCCACACUGUGGCGAUGACAGACCCACAGCUGACCAACAAUAACAACAACAACAACAACAACAACAACGAUGGCGAACCAAAGUACCUGCACAAGAAGUUCAAGAAGAUGGCGACGACCGAAGUUGCGCCGAAAGUCGUCGAGCCUCCCAAGAAAGAGGGUACGACGAACAAUGUCGUUUCUGAUGAGAUACCCAAGCAGAAGGAUGCCAAGGAUGACAAGGAUGACAAGGAUGGCAAGGAGCCGUCGAAGGAAUCCGGCAAUAAACUCGAGCCUUCCUCGGAAUCAGCGGGAGGAGUUGAGCCCGCUACCGAAUCCCGGAAGGCUGGCUACGCGUGUCCUUACUGCCCGAUGACGUGGACCAAGCCGAGCGUCCUUCAAAAACACAUUAGGGCGCACACAAACGAACGGCCCUAUCCGUGUGUGCCCUGUGGAAUCUCCUUCAAGACCAAGUCGAAUCUGUACAAACACUGCAGGUCGCGCUCUCAUGCACAUAAAACGGAGAAAGGAGAAAAGGUGUCCGAGGAUUCUGACAUAAGUCUGUCGGAUAGCGCCAGUAAUGGCACUGGUACGCCACCGCCGCCUCCGGCUUCAACGCCCACGACGGCAACGACGACGAUACCCACCGUCGCGUUGAAGACUGUGAAGACUGGCAAGAUCUAUAAACCGAAAUUUCAAGCCCGAACAGCCCUGCAAUGCGUGAACAGCGACACCGAAACGUCUUCCUUAUCGCCCAAUUCUUCCAACAGCUCCUCCUCGUCUUCCUCCACAAUCACCUCCACUUCCAAUUCUGUCAAGCCGAACGCGGAACGGUUACAGGAACACAUCGACAAGAUCAUCACGGACAAUCAGGCGAUCGUCGACGCGGUGGAUCCAUGCUUGCACAAAUUGAUGCAUCGUCAACAAAGCCUGGUGGAAACAAAGCAGUCAUUCGAACAGCAGCCGUUGAAUUUAUCUUCCGUGGAGGAGUCUUCGGAUAGUAGAAAACGUUGUUACAGCGAUAGUUGUGUUCAGGAAGCGAAAGAUGGUGAACAUCCCGAGAGUUCGAUCAUCAAGGAUCUCCUUUUGAAAACUCGCGGCUCGGUAAACGGAGCGAUACCGGAGACGGCCGUGGAGAAUUUUGUCUGUCCCACUUGCAACAUACCCUACACUAGCAUCGAUACACUAGAGGCUCAUCGUAGAUACUAUUGUAAGGGUAUUGAUAGUCCUCGAAAAGGAGCCGAUUAUCAUGCGGAAUUAGAGAAGCGGGAUUCCGAUUUCGACGUGAAGUCUUCCGAUUAUUACAGCACCUUGCAGCCGUUGCCUUCGCCGGGUCCUUUAUUGGGUAAUACCAGACUGGUCGAUGCGUACGCUCCACCUGCUAAGAAGCAAAGAACGGAAUCUGUACCAACCAGUUUGAGGUCGUUGGAAGAGCUUAGCAAAUACCCGCGUCCGAAUUCGCUGCAGAUGUUCGGCGGCGAAGUGAGAAUCCUCGAUAACACGGGCGAGGUGACGAAAACAAUGAGAAUCGAACCGCGACAGACGAACUCGCCCACGAGUGAACACGUAGUUAAUAGCAAGUGCAUGAAUUCGGAAACGGCGUCGAUAGUAGUGAAAUCGGGACUUCAUUCCGGCGGUACCAUGAUGCAUAAACCACCGGGUACGUCAGCCAGCACGUCUAAUUCCUCCAUAUCUCUACCCAACACGCCGAAAAUGUUGGCACCCAUCAUACCGAACAUAUCAACCCCGAAUAUAGCGCCCACAUUGUCCUGCUACGAUUAUUUAGAGUCACACAUUAAUCCACUGACGAGCAUCACUGCCUACAAUCCGUUGACUCUGCCGCAGGCUGGUAUCACGAGUAUCCUGCACGGCGGGAAAGUGAUACCUUAUGUACCUGGUAUGCCCGGACCGCAUACCUUAACAGGUACGCCGACUAUAGACAUAUCUCCGAGUAUAACGGCCGGCGAAGCGGGUUACAAGGUGAUACCGGGACUACCGGGUUUGCACAUGAUACCUCAACCGUUGGAUUUGGCUAGUCCGGUGAAGGUACAGCCCAGCACGGUGCCUGGCAUGCCCAGCCCAAUGUCUGGACACGUUCCUUCCAUCCUGGAUCAGCCUUUGGAUUUGGCCAGUCCGGCGAAGGAAUCGAUGAAAAUCGGCUUCAAGACACCCAAUGGCGACAGUUUAAAGAGCGGCUUGACCAGUCCCAAAGUUCCUAGCGUCAAGGUUGAGACCUCGACGGACAAGUAUCGCGCGAGACUGUCGGAGCUCGAUCGUCAUAUCAAAAAUAAUACGGCCGUAAAGUACAAGGGCAUGGAGAGCCCGCGCGAGAGGAAAGAGUUCACGUAUGACAAGAGUCCGAAGCUGGAUAAUACUUUUAAUUAUCCGAACGGUGUAGAUCCUGCGAUUUCUUCGAGCUCUUACAGCAAAAUGAGAUACUCGCCCAAGACCACUUCGGAAAGCAGGAAGAAAUCAAAUUGGGGCGUCAGUGAGGUAGAUGCUGGCAGAGCUGCACCGAUAGAUACGCAAACCGCAAGUACGACCAAGUACGACCUAUCUCCUCAUGAGAACGGACGAUUAAAGAGCAAUGUCCCUUCGGAUGCACGCGGAUGGAUUAAGGUCGCGGACGGAUACGGUGCGUUCAACGGUGUCAAAACGAAGGCCGAUAGCGCGCCGUCAGUGAUACUUGUGAACUUAGAUUCUUCCAAGACAGAAGUGCCAACGAAAACUUCCGUAGAAUUAAUUGUUAAGGACAAGCAACCCGAGGCCAAGUCGCCGAAGAAUAGCGGCGAGACCGCUAAAGAAGCGACCGCGACUAACUCUAACAAAUUUUUGAGACCUACGUCUUUGCCGCUGAAGCCCGGCACGUUUACGCCGAAGAAGCAUCACGGGAUCACGCCUACGGCGAACACGCUUCCUCUCAUCAGUCCGGAAACUCCACGACCUAAAAAGUCGUAUGGACAACUAUAUUUAAAUGGACAUGCCUACACAUAUCUGGGACUCAAGUGUUCCACUAGGGUAUUUUAUUGUACCCUGAAUCGACCGCAGCCGAUGUAUGUCACACAGCAGCAUGGUCUGUCGAUGUACUCCAACUGGAAGAUAUGUAAGGAGGCUCCGCCGGACGUGGACAUGGCGCACUACGAUUCUCGGCAUAGACCUCUGAAUUACACGACCGCGUGGAAGAAGCAAGAGGACAUCCUGACGCAUUCCUCACAAAGACCAACUACUCCCACUAGUCCGGAUAGCGGAUUGGAGAGUGACAUGCAGGAAAAGACGAAGAGGGUAAAGAUAUUUGACGGAGGCUACGAGAGCAACGAGGAUUAUACUUAUGUGCGCGGAAGAGGUCGAGGGCGUUAUGUCUGCGAAGAGUGUGGUAUUCGUUGUAAAAAACCAUCUAUGCUGAAGAAACAUAUCAGAACACAUACAGAUGUUAGGCCAUAUACCUGUAAACAUUGUACUUUUAGUUUCAAAACAAAGGGUAAUCUUACAAAGCACAUGAAGUCCAAGGCUCAUUACAAGAAAUGCAUAGAACUAGGCGUGGUACCUGUUCCCACAACUGUCUGUGAUGAGAAUAUUGAUAAGGAGGCCAUUGCGCGAUUAGCUGCCGGUGGCAGCAACACGGAAGAAUCCUCGGAGGAGGAGGAAGAGACCGACGGUGAGGAAAGCGAAGAAUCUGGGAGCGAGGAACAAGAGGCGGCACAAAGUUUACUGAGUCUUUCGCAACGUAAUACAAUAAACAGAUUGCCAGGCUUAUUGCCAUCGGGAAGACCUACGACGUAUCCAUACGCGCUAACUCUACCGACGACUUCCACGGUGAGCGUGACAUCCACUGCCGCAACUACAUCGGUUAUAAGUAAUCAAAACGUCACCACGCAAGGAACAGCUCUGAUCCAAAAUGAAUUAUCGCAUCGCUAUUACUUCCCAUCGAACCGAAGUGCAACGGAAGAGACGAGGAUCAGCGUCAUUCAGUCAUCGAAAAAAGAUGACUCUGACUUCGAAAUCGAAGAAAUUACCGAUACCACGGAGUCACGUCAUCAGCUGUCGCAACCCAUGGAUCUCACGACGAAGCAGACCACUCAGGUGUUACCCUCGCCGGUCCCGCAAAGGGCUAGACCCGCGGACAUUCUGACACCCGUCUCGGAGCCGGUCCUCUUGCAGACGAUAGUCCAGACGAUGGAACGGUUGCCUAUUCAGGGUAGAGAAUGGAAACCGGAUGCAGAGGGCCACAUGUUGCAGGCCUACCUCACGGAGAGACAUGUGAUGGACAGCAAAAUUAAGCAGCAAUAUCGCGUGGGAAAUACCAAAGUGGACAAUAAGCAAAUACAAGAAAGAGAUGUUUACUCGCGUCAUCAAGAUCUUAACAGGCACGUAGAGUCUAACAGUAUUCCGACAGUGACGUAUACCGAUCCUAGCAAGAUGCAGCAUACUGUUAUGGAAUCCAGGAUUAAACACAUGACGAAGCAUACUAGUGAUGACAUCAAGAUGGAAAUCAGAGAAAAGAUUUAUCAGAACAAUAUGGCGACAGAGAGACGUUUGAUUACGUUUGAUUAUGAGGCUAUUCAUAAGAAUAAAGAACAAAGUCGUAUAAUUUCUGAUCGUGAAAAUUUCGAGCUCGGUUUAACUAAUGGCUCUGCCAGCGCAAGAUCGAAUAUCGAGUAUGGUCUAUCCAUGCCAAAAAAUAAUAAUUCAAUGGAAAGACCGAAUUGUUCUAUUGUACCUGUUCGCAGCACAUCCAAUAUCGAUUGUCACUCACCAAAAUCUUUGAAUAUGGACGUCAAUAAUCGGCCACAGUUGCAACAUACCCCUAACGACAUUGACAGAAGUUCUGUAUUCAACACGAUAAAAAUGAUGAAUGAAAUAGAAAGAUCUAGCCGUUGUAUCAGUCAGGAGAUGAAGUCUGUGAAUCACGAAAUAAGAACUUCGGCUAACGAUGUUCGAAUGCAGAGUCAUAGUCCGCGAAAUCUUGAAUUAAGACCACCUAGUAGAGAGAUCAGAACGCCUAGUCAAGAAUACAGAACGCAAAGUCAAGAGGUGAGGCUACCAAGUCAACAGGAAUACAAGAUACGCGGUCAAGAGAUGAGGCCACCUAGUUGCGAAUACAAGUCGCAUACAUCGUUCCACGAUAUACAAAUUAUUCAGGAGCAAGCUGCUCAAGUUAUACCGUCGGCAAAUAUGGAGAUCCGACAAACAAAUUCGGAUAAUAGGCCGCCGAGUCGUGACAUGAGAGUUUACGCGGAAUACAGAGCACACGCGCAAGAUCCACGUGCCAAUUACGAUAUAUUACAGCCUAUGCAUGAGCCUCCCAAGUCGCAAAAUAUAGACGCAAGGAGCACGUCGCCCCAGAAAGUACGAAUCCUCUAUUACGAUGCGAAACACACCGCGGACAUGGUUAAACAGAAUACAUUAGAUAACAUGAAACACGCGGUAACCGGAAAAGUAGUCGUCGGUGGACCAGACUUUCGGUCGCCUUCACCAAACACAGGAAAUGCGAAACCGCAAGCGGAAUUUUUACAACCGUCAAGUGGACCUGCACCUAACUAUGUCAGUGUCACAGAAGAUGGUAGAAGUGUAUGUGGAAUUUGUAACAAGAUGUUCAGUAAACCUAGUCAGUUACGGUUGCAUCUCAACAUUCAUUACUUUGAGCGGCCAUUCAGAUGCGAAAAUUGCGCAGUUUCCUUCCGGACUAAAGGUCACUUAACGAAACAUGAAAGAUCCGUUUCCCAUCACAAUAAGGUCAGUAUGACUUCUACAUUUGGUGCUGCGACUACUACCAAUCCCAGGCCUUUCAAGUGCACAGAUUGUAAGGUAGCGUUUAGAAUACACGGACACUUGGCGAAGCAUCUUCGCAGCAAGAUGCACAUUAUGAAGUUAGAGUGCUUGGGCAAACUGCCGUUUGGAACGUAUGCGGAGAUGGAAAGAUCAGGUGUCAACUUGAAUGACAUCGAUACUUCGGACUGUGAUAAUAGUCUUAAUAGUCUGCAGAUGUUGGCUCAAAGAUUAUGCGAGAAAGAUCCGGCAAAGAUCGCGCAGUGGGAGUCAGAAGCUCUGCCCGGACCAGUCGUGAGUGGUAGCGAAACUUCGUCGGACGAGGGUGAGCCUAUAUCGCAGCAUGCGCUCCGCGCGCAAUACGUGAAAACGACGACGGAUGCGAGCAUCUCCCGACCAUAUCACGUGUCAAUCGUCCCUGAGAAACCAAAAGCCAUUAACGACGUGCGUCUUCGCAGUCCUCAGUUUAAUCAGCAGAGACGCGAUUACGCCGUUAAAGAGCAGCGACCGAUCCCGACGGUCGUCUCAACAGAAGACGCGAGGGCGGAGGACAGUUUACAAUCGUACAAGUGCCAAGUUUGCCCCGUAUCUAUGCGUACUGUAAACGAGUUACAGGUACAUUGUUUUGUUGAACAUAAUAUUGAGAUGGAUCCUAGUACAAAUAUUCACGGAGAUAGGAGUGCGGGUAAGUGUAGCAGGGAAAAAGAGAAUACUCAAAAAAGAAUUAUAGAGGAAUCCGCAGUGAAAGAAGAUCACAAAAGACAAAGGAUAGAGGAUACAUAGUGCCAAAAUGAUAUAGCGUGCUAAAGAAUAUUUCGGGUGGUAUUUGCCAUAUUAUUUAGAGAAGUCGCGGUUAUGACAAUGUAUUAUAUACGAAAUGCAUCACACACAAAGAUAUCUCGAUGCGAGGUUUCGUUUGUCCUAAAUACCUAUUUUGGUAGAUAAUGUUUUAUGUUUGAAAAAAAAUUGUGUUUCUUGAAUUAAUGUUGCAAAAAAUUUAAACAAAUCGUGCAUUAUUAAGGAGCUGCGCGUGAAUAUGAGUUUAAUUUUACGUUGCCGUUACGAAAUGUUUCUCGAACGUCUCUGAGGACUUUAUAAAAAUUAUCCAAGCAUAAAAAAUAUAGAUUUAUAAUAAUAUCACAUGAAUACUAAUGUACAUGUAAUGAAAUACAUAUUAAACAAUGAGAUGUAUGGUCUCGAGCAUGUUUCUGCUGUUACAAUUCUAUAAUUGUCAAUCAAUUCUAUAAUUGUCUGUUGCAAACAGCCAUAAUAUGACAUAAUUAUUUGUAUAGUCUUUCUUUAGAUUUUAAAUUCUUCCUCUCGAAACUGGCAUGUAUAACGAGUAAAGCAAAAAAGAAAGAAAAAAAAAUCAUUACUCGAGUAUCUGAUUAUAAUAUUUAUACACAAUAGUGUUUCUUGUAAUAAGCAUGGGGUGCAAUGGAUUAGUAUGUGAUUCUGUAUUUAAGGCGCAAAUGUGUUACUUUCGACAUGUUGAAGAGUAUUCUAAUAUUACAAAUUAUUAUACUUUAAAUUGGUAUAUAUGAAGCUUAUACAUAUAUACAACGUAUACAUACACACAAAUACACAUAUUUGUAUGAUAUUAGUAUGAACUAUUAUGAGAAUUAUUGUUGACAUAAGAAAAAAAUCUGUUUGUAUAUAUUUAUGUAUAAUAUAACAAGAAAUGAUGAUAUAGUCUCUAUAGUUUUAAGAGAUGAAGAGAAGCUAUGUCGGUUACUCAGAUUAUCUGUAAAUUUAAUUGCUCUUAAUUCACACGGCAGAAUCUUUAGUUUCUCUGUUCUUGUAAAAGAUUUUCUUGUAAGUAUGUUAUAUGACAAGCAUUCUGAUAAUUUUAAUUUUAUCUGAAACGUUGAUAAAGUUCAAUUACCUUCAUAUUUUGAUAUUAUUAGUUAAUUUUUAAAAUCAUGUUUGAUCUUACUUGUUAUGUUCUGAGGAACCGAUUCGCUGAUUUUGUUUAAGAUGAUUAAGCCUCUUGUUUCUUCACUGCGGUUCUAUUCACAUUCAGAAGUGAAAAUGGACUUUCUUGCCGAAACCAAUUAUUAUUAUCUAUACAAUUAUAUAUAAUUAUAUUAUUAUAUAUAAUAAUAAAGCUGACUAAAUUAUAUAUUUCGGCGUGAGACAUAAAUUCACUCGAUUUCUCAAUGAUGUCUUUACAAUAACUGCAGUGAAGGAACAGUAGCUUGAAGAGGCCACACACCUUCCACGAGCGACAGCUAUCGUAUCUUAUAAUUGUCUAUCUAACGCAGUUUUUAAUAUCUCACUCAAGCACGAGAAUAUCUUUCCUAUUCCGCAUAAUCAGACUCCGGUUAUCAUGGUUUGUACCUAAUUAAGUGUGCUUGAGCUCAGGAUAAGGAAAAAAAAAA